CGCCACCGGCUAGCUCAUUUGUCACGGCAUCGCCACUCGCCGAUUCCCCGAUCCCCGGCCCUCCCAUCUGGUGAUUGGAGUGCGAGUCGUCCACGCCCAACGCACUCUCGCGAUCUUGAGGCGAUAAGCGAAGAAAAAGCCCCCGUUGUUCAGCCCACGUAGCCCACGUCACCCCCACUGCCCACGUUGCCCACGCUGCCGCCGGUCAAAAUACGCGCCACUACGCGUUCUCAAGGCUUGGGAGAGCCUGUUAAUAUUGCCCAAUACCCGCCCACGCGCUUUAGUCGUCGCACACGUCAGAGAAGCGAGUCUGAGCCACUAGACCUCACAAGCUCACCAAUCUCCGAGCUUACGCCGUCACCGCCCGACCGCACCACUGCUAUCGCCGCACUUCGAGCCCGUUUUGGUAAUCCACCACAGUUGCCCACGCCGCCACAUUCGUCUUCGCAUCGCCCUGCCCGAUUCAGACCACCUCCGGAUAUGCCGCAAACGGAGAUCGUGCCGUACUCAGGCCGUCGCGACGGCAGCGACAUGCUCAUCACGGACUUCAUACGUGCUGUCCGGAAACAUAUUGCCCACCAUCAGUACGCCACAACCGCAGACCAGAUCGACGUGGUGAACCUGUACCUCAAGCCAGACAGCCCAGCGGAGGAACACAUGCUUGCGUUGCUGGCAAACUCGCCGGCGCGGGCAUCGCUGGAUGCGUACCUGGCGGAGCUGAAGGCUAAUUUUCCAGGUGUCCAGGCCAUGAAGCGCUCAAAAGGGGAGCUGGAGGCCGAGCUUCUCCGCUCAAAGAUCACACUGGCUGAGCUGGCAGAAGGCACGGUCACUCGAGGCGGAGUGCGGCUGUCGGUCCAGGAUGAUUACGCAAACCGGGUGGAGGACCUGGCCAUCGAGGCAAUAGUUCAGGGCCAGAUCGGCGGCUUCCAUCUGUGGCUGGAGAAUCAGCCCGCCGUGCUUCAGGCUGCACUCACGCCAGCCCCAGCCACGUGGACGGAUGUUGCGGCCGCAAUCAGAGGCGUACCGGCCAGCGAAGUCAAUCGGGCGACAGACGCCCACCGUGCCAACGCUGCGUUGCAGCAGCAGGUAGACCAGCUCUCGCGUUCCAUGCAGACAAUGCGCAUUGCCCCGGUUGCCCCGCGCACCCAGACGACAUUCCCGGCGGCAUCACGUCCCAGCGCAAACCCUCCGGCAUCCAUUGCGCCGAACAUCCAAGCCCAGAGAGGUACUCCACCGACCGCCACACAGAACCCGAGGCCGGACCUCCCUCAGUUUGGACGAGACUACGUCCCCACUCAAGAUGAGCUUACACACAUCCGCGCCGCCAGGGAACUGGUAGUUUCCAUUGCCCAGCCAGACACGGAGCAAGGACGCGCCACAUACGCGCAGCAGAAGGCGCAAUGGCUGCAUGACACGCAAAACGAGCGGGCGACGAGGACCCUUCGUCUAUGGGAGAAAGGCCAUCCGCUCUCCCCUGGGACGCUGAUACCGGGAAGCCGCGAGUGUUGGCGAUGUGGGAUGGCACGCCAUGACGGGGACUGCACCGCCCCGUACAUCACGGGCGACGAGUGCCGCUUCCGCUUCCUGUGCCACUCAUGGCUCACCGGACGGCGUGCAGCACCACCGGCGAAUGCCCCACCGGCCGCACCCGUGAAUGCGAUUCACUGGUACCAGAUCGGAGCGCCAGCGCCAAAGGAUUUUCAAGCCGGGCAGGCGUAAUAGGCGAUACGUCGGCCCAAACCAUCGACCGUUUGGACGUGUCGGUGGACUUCCAGUGUAGCAGUGUCGAACAGGAUGUAUUCGAAAACCAAUCAGAUCUUGAACUUGUCGACCUCUACA